AUAAAUGCGGUGACACCACAAUUAGACACAAAACUCUAUCGUCAGGUUUAACAAUGGCGAUUGAAGAGGAGAUUAAGCAGAAGUCAGGUUUAACAAUGGCGAUUGACGAAAGCAAGCAUGAGGACAAUGAUGAUAAUCAUGUAUCAGCACUUUGUGCAUCAUCUUGCUACCCUGAUAUUAUACAGAUCCUUCUUCUUGUGGAGUAGAAUUGGCGGGAAAAGUUGAAUAUCAGCUGAUUUUUGAUUGUGUUCAACUAAUGGUAAAAAUUGAGGAUAGUCUGUACAUUCUGUAUGCUUUCAUCCGUGACAAUUAUGGCCGAAACAUUCCUGAAGUUGAGUCCCUCGUCGCACACCCUAUUGACUAUGUUCGCGCUGUUAAGGAUGCUGGUUUUGAAAUUGUUGAUGGAGCCUGUGAUCAAGUGCUGGAUCUUGUUUCACUGAGGAAAAGGCUCCUUGAUUUUGUGGAUAACAGGAUGGUGUAUAUUGCGCCGAAUCUCUCUGCUAUUGUCGGAGCAACUGUGGCAGCGAAGCUGAUGGUGGCAGCCGGAGGAUUGGAGCUGUUAGGGAAGAUGACAGCGUGCAAUGUCCAACUCCUGGGAUCCCAAAGGAGAAAUCUGGAUGGACUUUCCACACGGCUACACUUUGGCUGUCUUCAGGAGUCGGAUAUAUUGCAAACCUUUCCCUCGGCUUUGACAAUAGGUGCUAGCAGUGUGCUUGCUUCUGCGUGUAGUACUGCUGCACGCGUAGAUUCUAUGGGAAACGACCUUACUGGAAAUACUGGAAAGAAUCUGCGAGAAGUGGUUGUUAACAAGAUUAAUAGAUAUUGUAACGCUGGUAGGGAACAUUCAGAUUUAAGGACCAACAUUGCUGAAGGAGCACCUGAUAGUAAGGCUUUGGCUGGUUUAUCUUAAGAGAGUUUGAUGUCAGGCGAGUCAGAUUGCAAGAGCAAUUGAACAAGGCAACACAAAUGGCUUUCUAAUUAUGAAUGUAAUUAUGGAUAAUAUUUAUUAUGACAUUUAAAUGUUUAUGUUGAUUAUUUGAA